AUGUUCAAGAAACGGAAUGUGAAGCAGGAGCAGAAGCGAAAGCGCGAGAUGGAGGAGGCGAGCGACGACGGUGAGGUGGUCAAGAAGGGCAAGACGGAAAAACAGGGUGUUGACUCAACCACAAAGGGAGAUGGCAAAAAAGAGAGCGAGCCCAAGGCUUUUGAGCAGCAGGUCAAGAAGGAGCAGGACGAGGAAACCCAAUUGGAGGACCAUGGGGACCAGUCCAAGGAUGCUAUCAAAAAGAAGUCGGACAGGUACAACAUCAAGCAACUUUCUUCCAGCAUCAAGACCAACACAGUGAUAGAUUACCAGCCAGACGUUUGCAAAGACUUCCUUAAGAACGGCUAUUGUGGGUAUGGGGAUACCUGCAAGUUUUUGCAUUACAGAGACGAGUUUAAGGUGGUGAAGAACCCGAAGAAAAGGGAAUGGGAGGAGGUUUUGAAGAAGAAUAAAAGAUUUUAA